AUGAGCCUCGUUAAGCGUGCGCUGCUGGUUGCAGUUUAUAUGGGCAGUGUACAUCCCUUUAGGAACGAAAUAAUUUGUGUGUGUGUGUGCAUGUACUUGUGUGUGUGUUGCUGGUUGUUUAAAUGGUGGAUGUGGUGGUUGCGAAGUAGCGGGGGAAGGAUAUUUGCCGUCAUGCGGUUUUGUUUUUGUCUCUUUUUUUUUUGUUGUUGUUUUUGGUCUUUUUGCCGUCCUGUCUCUUGCCUCCCUCCACCAAUCACUUCAUUGACCGCACCCGGUGAACAUUUUUUUGUUUGUUUGUGUUUUUGUUUUUUUUUUUUUUUGUUGUUUUUUUUUAUUUUGUUGUUUUUUGACUUUUCCCUUCGGAAAAAAAAAAAAACUGAGGCAUGCAGGAGGGGGUUAUUUUGCGUGCCUGCUUGCCUGUCUUCUCUUUUUUAUGUUUCCGUGGAGCGUGGAAUGGCCGCUUUUUUAUUUAUUUUUAUUGGCUUCCUCUCUUCUCUCAACGGCAGUGCCGCGAUCCGCGUGGCCACCGUGUCCCCACCGCCAGUUUUUUGUUGUGACUUUUCUUUAGGCGUCAUGGGCCUCACCGCCCCCCGCCUGUUGUUUUUUUUUUCCCCCUUUUUUUCCCCCCUCCCUCGUCUCUUUUUUGGAGAGGAGUGGAUUUCACUGCCGUGCGUCUGCCGGCUUUUAUUUUGUUAUUUUGUUUUUUGA